AUGCCUGGAUCGCCGAAACGUAUCGUCCUAGAGAAAUCGCGAACUGUCCGUCGUCGAUAUCAACGCAGCAACAAACGUCUCAAGUUCACAGCAUCUCAGAUCGCGCGAAUAGAACGGGAUGAAGAACGCGAGCGCAAAGCGCAGAAGCUUCGGGAGAGGGAGAAGAAGCGCAUAACCAACAAGAAAAAGAAGGCCGAGAAAGAAUUGAAGGCUCGCGAAGAACGACGACGACUUGGUAUACCCGAUCCCGAUGCACCCACUGUUCCGUCAAGCCAACCGUCGCUAUUCAAUUUUCUUAAGAAGGGCCCUCAAGGCCCUGCGGAGCAAGAGACGACAUGUGAAGAUACGGAGCCUGAUACUAUAAGCACGGAAGUGGAUACUAGCGAGGACUCGAACCCGGAGGAUGAACCAGACGACGCGGAAGCUGUCAGUCUAGAAGUUAGUAUCGACAGUGUCGGUGGAGAUACGGAACCUCAAGAGGUUAAUUGCGGACAGAGAGAUGACGACGAAUUUUCCGAUUGCUCUAUCUUCGACGAUGAAGACAUUAUCAAGGAAGCUGAAAUUGUCGCGGUCUCACAGAGUACUGCUCAUACAGAGCCGGAGAAAAAGGAGCACAAAGAUCAAGUAGCCCCGCCAGUCCCGAUCAGUUUACCAGCAGGGGAAUCCUUCCGAGAUGAUACAGCUAUCUUGCUGGAAGAAUUUGCUGAUGAACUCGUUACCGACGAGGAAUUCGAACAGGAAUUGCUCCGGCUCGAUGCAGGAUGA